AUGAUCCAUGAACAUGUUUCCCUACUAGCAGAAAUAGAAGAGGCGACAAAAUUUAUCAGCACCAGCGUCGGAUUUAUAUUAUUGGCGUUCGCGGCAGCAUGGAUCUUGAGGAUUGACUUCCUGGAGACGCAAGCAAGGAAUAAUGAUACCGAGGGUUACCACUGCACACCACCCACUAACGAAAUCCACCGCUUGACGCCUGCUACCACUCAACGCCCAGCCCUCAGAACACGGGGGCGUCAACAAAAAGAAGAGAGAAUAAAUGGGGAGCAAGGAACAUCAAGGUGGGUAGCAGAAGUCGGUGAACUUCGAUGGACGCUGCACAGCGGCCUCUUCCAGACCCGGCGUAGCGUAGAUCCAUGGAUGUUCCUGAGCCAGUCCCGUGACUCUCGGCUCCUCUCCACCCCAACGCGGCUGAAACACCGGAACCUCGCAACUCCUCCAGGGUUCGUCGGUUGCUUCUUGACUUCUUCCAAGAUUCUUCUUCCACUUCCCGACAAACUCUCUCCGCAUUCAAAACUCACCACUGGACGCUCGGACUGA